AUGUCGCAGUACGGCGGCAUCGAGGGCAUCAACAGCAUAUCCUCGCCCGGCUCGCUCAAGCGCAAGCGACCUACACCUAAUAUCGCGCACUCAGACUCGCUCGGCAGCACGGCCUCUUCGGUCUUCACCUCAAACUCACAUGCCUUUGCGCAGAACCGCAAAGCAUCCACCAAUGGUCUGACACCUCUCACAAACCACACAGAGUCCUCGCCACCCAAGGGCAAUAGUCCGCAGCACUCGAAGCAUACCGCAGAUAUGGCCUCCACGUCGCACGUGCCUGCCUCUGAUCUCGCGUCCUCUUCGCAAGAGCGCACACCACGUCCACAAAUGCUACCGCCACCAGGUCAAGUGAAAGGGUACAGAGCGGUUUGGGAUCCGGAAUUGGACAACAAGCUCAGCAGAGAAGAGCGCAAGCGAGCCAUAUUCAGGAAAAGAGACUUCGGCGCAGAGGUACGAUAUACUUUUCAUAUUUUGCUGAGCUUGCAUGCGCCACCGGAUCCGAGACUGGCGAUACCGGGGUAUAUAUCCGGCCAAUGCAGGCCGAAGACUGCACCCAGCAAGGCGAUUAUGCGAAUCUCGCCCUACACAAUACCUCCUUACAAGGUCGAUCGGAAUUCGAUUGGGCCCGGAGAGGCGGAACAGGUCGUUGUGCUUGGCUUCGAUCCUUUCCUGCCAGAAUCGACAUUGAAGCUGAAUUUCAGCACUUUCGGAAACAUCGCUUCAGUGCAGAACAAGACUGAUCCAGAGACCGGGAGCUUCCUAGGCAUUGCCUUGGUGAAGUAUCGAGAUGCUGUUAGGGACGGCUUCGAGGUAUCAGCUGCUUCGGCAGCAAAGAAAGCUGAAGAGUUCAGUGGACAGCGGAUCGGCAUGCAUGCUAUCAAAGUCGAGCUUGAUCGCGAAGGCCGAAAAUGCAAGCGAUAUGUGGAAGCUGCCUUGAAGAAGAUGCGAGAAGAGCGUGACAGACAUCUGAACGCAGCACCACCCUCUGCUCCAGCAGAAGACAAGAAGUCUGGGAAAGCGUCGACACCAGCUGCUCCUUUGAACGCGCCACGAGGCCCCUCCGCGAAAUCCUCUAAACCACCUCCAUCGGGACCGAAGGGCUCUAGAGCUGAAGAUAGUGGCCCACCUGCCAAGUCUGGUCCAGCUUCAUUGAUCGAGGACAAGUCAGUUCUCAGCAAGAUCAAGCGCAAGCCUUAUAUUCAUAUCCCGCAUAAGUCUGUACCUGUGCUCGGAACGACCAUACCUCACUUGAAGAAGAGACUGAAAGCGUACGAUUGGCGAGAGGUCCGACUUGACAAGUCCGGCUAUUACGUGGUAUUUGACGACUCUAAGCGUGGCGAGGAUGAGACACAGCGUUGCUAUGACGAAUGCAACAAUGCGGCUCUCUUCACAUACAAGAUGGCAAUGGAAUGCCAGAAGUACGGCAAUCCUGAUUAUGAGCGAAGUCCAAGUCCCGAGCGAGUGGUACAAGAAAGCAAGAAGCGGGAAGAAAUUGAGCGACUACAACGGGAAGAGGCUGAAGAUUUGGAGAUCGAGAAGAAGAGCAGGGCUGAGAAUCUCGAUCCGGUCCAAGGCGCUCUGGAACAGCUUCGCAUGGAACUCCGAGACAAGAUCCUCAACGACAUCAAGCAACGAAUAGCCAUUCCUAUCUUUCACGAAAGCCUCGAGCCAGCCAAGCAUGUCGCGAAACGAAGAAAACUUGGCUUGCCCGAUGCCGUGGACCAAGAGAACAAAGCUUCUGCUUUGUUGUACAGCAAAGCGGGAGACGCACCUCCGGAUUUCCCGAAAUCACGUCGCGGAAAGCCCCUACGACCGCACGAUCCAAAUCAGCGAGGCAGAAAAGGCGACAAGAACAAGGAGCCAAGCAAUGCCUUCAUCGACGAGAGAAGACGAAAGCCUGCGCAAAGGCCUGUUCACGCCAGAGGCCUGCACUUCCGACUACAGCAAAUGUACGCCGAAGAGGAAGAAGAAUCGGACGACGAACGGCAUACAUCUGUCACACGCGAUACCGAAGAUCAAGAAAGUAGGCCGCUUAGUCGCGCAAGCAGGAACUCGACGCCAUUCGAUUCGGAGUCGGUCACGGAUACGCCCAAAUCGAAGCGUCGCAAGGUUGCUGAAUGGGAGGACGAAGAGAAGGAAACGUUCGAUGCCUUCCACAAGGAGAUGCUUGGUCACCUCUUGCAUAAGGAGCCUGAGGACCUUGCAACUCGUGAGCUAGAGCUUGUGGUCAACACUCUUCCUCGUACAUCCAAACAUGGCACACGCGCUCGUACCGAGCUCUAUAUCCGGCAGCGAUCGAGAGACGAUGACGAUCUUUUCCAAGUUCAUUCUGAGAAGGCGACCGGCGAGGCGGCACUCGAAAAAUCGGUAUUGGCGACUACUGAAGCUGCGGCCGAUGAUGCCAGAGCCACGAAAGAGAAGUCGAAGAAGAAGCGCAAGACCAAGAAACAGCUCCUCGAAGAGCAAGAAGCCCUCAAGGCUGAGGCGAAGAAGGCCAAGGCUGCAAGCAAGCCGGUCGCUGAGGAGACCGUCACCAAGAUUGAAGAGAAAGAGCGUGAGCUUGAACAAGCGCCUGUCGAUGAGGACGUUGAGCUGGAUCUCACGUACGACAAGCCUCGGAGAACGGUCGAAGAAGAUCAUGGCAUGAUACUUGACAUCGAUGGCUGGCAGCACUUCAUCAAGGACGACGAGGACUUUGCUUUCGCGAAGAAAGCAGUUGUUGACCUCACUGCUUAUGAAUUGGGAGACCCCAGAGCGUGGGCUUGGAAGCAGAAAGAGAUCAAGGAGCUCAAUAGUAGUGGUGAGGCAGGUGUUCCACAUCCAGAGCCUCUGAUCUCUGGUUACUAUGUGCCGAACCCAACAGGAUGCGCUCGGACCGAGGGCGUAAAGAAGAUUCUGAACGAGGAGAAGGGCAAGUAUCUGCCUCACCGCAUCAAGGUCCAGAAGGCUCGAGAGCAGAGACAAGCUCAAGCAACUGCAAAUCCGGCAGCUGCAGCUGAAGCUGUGAAGAUCGCCGCAGCUGAGAAGGUCGCCAGCACUGCAACAUCACGAAGCAACCGUGUCAACAACCGUCGUCUCGUCAAUGACAUCAAUCUUCAGAAGCAAGCAUUCGCGACUUCAAACAGCGAUGCUGAUGUCGCCAUCCGUUUCAAUCAGCUCAAGAAACGCAAGAAACUGGUCAAGUUUGAUCGUUCCGCCAUUCACGGCUGGGGUCUCUACGCCGAAGAGAAUAUCGCUGUCAACGACCUGAUCAUCGAGUACGUCGGAGAGAAGGUCAGACAAAAGGUGGCCGACAUGCGUGAGAUCAAAUACGACAAGCAAGGUGUUGGCUCCUCAUAUCUCUUCCGCAUGAUUGACGAUGAGAUUGUCGAUGCAACUAAAAAGGGUGGCAUUGCUCGUUUUAUUAACCACUCUUGCGAUCCCAACUGCACAGCAAAGAUCAUUAAGGUCGAAGGCACGCCGAGAAUCGUCAUCUAUGCCCUGAAAGAUAUUGGCAAGAACGACGAAUUGACCUAUGACUACAAAUUCGAACGUGAAUACGGCUCGACCGACCGAAUACCAUGUCUUUGUGGUUCUGCGAACUGCAAGGGCUUCUUGAACUAAAGAUACCCAGCGCCACUGAAGGAGAUGUCUACAACGUAAUCUUGGCAAAGUUCGAACGCUAUUGUUACACUAUGGCUUUCCUUGUCUUUCGGGCGGCGUUCAAAAUUUGGUGCAUCUGCGAGGCGCUGGUGAUUCUUAUCUACAGGAGUUUUGUGCCAGCAAAUGGAGCACAGGCGUGUGCGAAGCGCAGAGUAUACGCCUGGGGUAUGACAUGUAAGAAGAAGGAUCGGACGAAAGACGGCCGACCAGCCAGAAGACCAAAAGAGUCCAGACUGAACUUGAAGAGUGAGAACUG